AGCGAUUUCACUGAUUUUAUAUUAUGUUUGUACUUCGCAUGCGUUUCAUAUUUUGCGUUAUGUGUCUGUUUGAAGAGUGCUCAUAAAAAAUGAUGCUGAGUCAACAUUUUGCACAGCCGCCACAUUUACUGUGUUAAUAACCGCAUUUUCCAUAACUAUGAGGAGAAAGCUUUUACGUUGUGUUAGAAGUUCCAGAAUUCCUCUACUCUUAUCCAUUAGCUGUUCAUUUCUCGUUCUUCGAUCCGUUAGUAACACUCCACAAAAUGAUUACACGGAGUUUGAAGAGCGCCCAGAAACUGCUCCAAAAGCGAUAUACAGGCGUAGUUAUACACGGGCUACGAUGCGGGAAUUUAAGAACGGAUACAACACUACUUUCUUCGAAUUAAACCGCAACGUUUCCUCGUGCAACGUAUCGGAAACAUUGCCCCUGCCUUAUGAAUCUCCAUCAUGGACGCAGAUUUUAGAUACUAUUCAUGUAUAUUCCGCGCAUUUUAAAGGGAAAUACUUUCAUUUUAUUGCGCUUGUGGAUGUGAACAAUGACGCAUUCGUCAACGAGACAUCGUGCGAAUGCAGAUUCAAGACGUUCUUCAGAUCGACUGUUCGAGUGCAGAAUACGCGGUACGAUAACAACAGGGAGCGGUUUCGUAGUGUGCGGUUAGUGUGUCGAGCUCCCGCUGCGUGGUCCAUCGACGCCGUGGAAUUGGUUUGUCAGAAUAGGAAUUCCUGUGGAAAAUUAAGCUACCAGUUGCCGAAAGAGCACAACCGUAAAACAAAGCGAUUAUCGUUUGCGCUUUGUGGACCUAUUCUGUGGGGCAACGUUUCACCGAAGCUCCUGGUGGAGUUUAUUGAGUACUAUACGCACAUUGGAAUACGACAUUUUGUCUUCUACAACAACCGAGCCAGCGAAAUGACAUUAAAGAUUUUAAAGCACUAUACGUCAGCGAAUACACAUCUAAUGACGAUUCUUCCCUGGGAACUGACAGUGUCCAGUGAUUCCGUUAACUAUUUUGGACAACUGUCGGCGGUCAAUGACUGCACGGAGCGGACUAAAGGACACUGGGAUUACACACUUUUUGCUGAUCUCGAUGAAUUUGUCGGUAUAAGUGGAGACGGUGACCUUUCGAGUCUUCUCCGAUUUGGAAUUGUCGAUUGUAUAAUUAUCCGCAGUGCGUUUAUGCACCAGGUUUCAAUCGGAAACGCGGCGGUUGAUUGCAUCUCGCACAGCGUUUUAUAUACGGAUAAUGUGCGGAGAGAAAUCAGUGUGCUGCCGGAACAGGAGCGCUCCAAGUAUGUCUGUCGCGGUGCGAAUAUCCUGACGGCUGGCAUACACUUUCCGCAUUAUGUCCUGGAGGAGACGCACGCGCAAGUAGCUGAUCCUAUUCGGGAUGGAGUUAUGUUGCACUUUCGCCGACACGAAGGCACGGAAAAGAGAUCAUAUGUCGAUGAUGCCCGAGUGAAAAACAAAAUGGCGACAGUGGGUAGCCAAGCACACAGUGUAAUGGCUGCGAAAUUUCCGCGUACAUACAAGUACAACCGCAUUUAGAAGCUCGUGCAGCCUCCGGGAGCCAACAUUUUGCAGCCGUACAAUACUUGCGGAUGAGCGCCAUUCACCAUUGAGUAUGAACUGUGCCGGUGCGGUGACGAACCGAAUUUUACGAGUACAUGCACUGCUUAAGUGGACGAAGACGUUACGUUACCCAUUAUUUUAAUCAUUGCCAUUGUUACCGUUUUUCCGUAGAGAAUGCUUCGGUUUACUGACUAUAAAAUUCGA